CGGCUGUCUAUCGUUCAGUGAACGCACCACCGCUGUCUGCUCUCUAGUUACAGUAUGGCGGCUGGGACUUGCGGAGGAGGACAACUUCUUCUAGAUUCCUUCCACAAAACUGUUGGAAGGCGACGGCAUUAAUAUAAAACUUAUAGCGGCAACCACGAGGUACACUGCAACAGACGACAGCGGCAUAACUUGUGUUUCUUACUGGGGCUUUCCCCAGAAAAUAAUCGGACUGGUGUGUGAUGCGUGAGGACCCGCAGUCAAGAAACUCCCCUGAUUUUUCCGCGUCGGUUUCUGCUCUGACUGUCAGUUAGCCGGCUAGCUGCUAGGUAGCUCCCUUCAAUGCUAACGCUCGCCUGCAGAGCUCUGUGUUAGCAAAAAGAAGCGCUAGCGUGUUGCUUUUAUUUACUCCAGGUGACAGGGAUGGUAUAUCGUAUCCAUUUGGUAAGCGGACUGGUUGAAAAAGAUGGGGAGAAAAAAUUUGUGGACCUGGACGAUAACUUUGUCAGUACUCAUUAGCCUAGCCUAGCUUAGCCUAGCUUUCUGGUACAACGCCAGAAGAGAGUUAGCGCUUCGCCUGUCCACCAGCGAGUUAGCCAAUUAGCAUUUCAGUUGCACAAGACGACCAGAUAAUCCCCCCCUGUUCAUCCCGGUGGAUGGUUUUGAAACGUCUCCGCUGACUAAUUCAGACGAAGAGUGGGCACUGAGCUGCUUUAGUUUUAUAACUCAGGGGUGUUUUGGCGUUCAGGCUCGCUAGGUGUUCUCUGGUAGAGGGAGUGGUGAAGGUAGGGAGAUAGGAAGGUAGCUAAGGUUCCCUGCAUCAGGGCAACAAGGUCACUCAGAUUAUGACGAGCCAUACAUGUCAACUACACUUAUAGAUGACACUUUAGUAAACGACAGACGCGUGUGUGUUUGUGUGUAUAGGGUGAUGAACGCUGGGGUGUGUGCCUGCUGUUAGCUUGCUGCAAGAGAAGACAACACAGCUCAGAAGCGCGCAAUAAUUGGACCUACUGCUCUUGAUAGGCGUUAAACAGACAGUUUAGUCAGCACAGAAGGAGUUUGAUGGACGUGAGGGGCUGUCAGUGCUAUACUCACUCAUGUAUGUCUUGACACAUGGCAGCUUGGUCUGUACAUAGUGCCUGCUGUCACAUAUAAGCGUCGUUAUGUAGCUUCGGUGGGCAGUCAGUGAGGGGAAUGUCCUGUCUUUUUUUUUAUACCUGUUGGUUUGUUUUUUAUUUCUCACACAUGAGAGAGGACCAUGUUUACUAGUUAGUGCCUAGAAGAUUAGAGGACUAACGUUUUAGCCUACAGAUAGGCCGCAGAUAUUGUAGAUUAUUACUAUUUUUUUGGGAGGAGGGACUGCACCAGAAAAACCUGCCACUCUGGAUCAAGAAAACUUGCCCCUCGUCUCUGGUUGGAGUAAUACUCUCAAGCCAAAAUCAAUGCCUUCAGCGCUGGCAAUAUUCGCCUGCCGACCCAACUCGCACCCAUUCCAGGAGCGGCAUGUGUACCUGGAUGAGCCCGUCAAGAUCGGCAGGUCGGUGGCUCGGUGCCGGCCAGCCCAGAACAACGCCACCUUCGACUGCAAGGUGCUGUCCAGGAAUCACGCUCUGGUGUGGUUUGACCACAAGACUGGCAAGUUCUACCUGCAGGACACUAAAAGCAGCAAUGGGACAUUCAUCAACAGCCAGAGGUUGAGUCGUGGCUCGGAGGAGAGUCCGCCCUGUGAGGUCCUCUCCGGCGACAUCAUCCAGUUUGGCGUCGACGUCACUGAGAACACACGCAAAGUCACCCAUGGCUGCAUCGUGUCAACAAUCAAACUCUUCCUACCUGAUGGGAUGGAGGCGCGCCGACGAAGCGAUGUCAUCCAGCCUCCGUUACCACUACCUAUAGACAAGGUUGCAGCCAACACUCCCAGUAUGUAUUCUCAGGAACUGUUCCAGCUCUCCCAGUAUCUACAGGAGGCCUUACACAGAGAGCAGAUGUUGGAGCAGAAGUUAGCCACUCUGCAGCGUCUGUUAGCCACCACUCAGGAGGCCUCAGAGAGCAGCUGGCAGGCUUUGAUUGAUGAGGACCGUCUGCUCUCCAGGCUGGAGGUGAUGGGCAGUCAGAUACAAGCUUACUCUAAGUCCCAGACGGAGGAAGGGAUCCGUAAGGAACUCUUGGCUCUUCAGGAGGAUAAACACAACUACGAGACAACGGCAAAGGAGUCUCUGAGGAGAGUUCUGCAGGAGAAGAUUGAGGUGGUCAGGAAGCUGUCAGAGGUGGAGCGCACGCUCAGUAACACCGAGGACGAGUGCACCCACCUGAAGGAGAUGUCAGAAAGGAGUCAGGAGGAGCUGAGGGAGCUCGCCAACAAGUACAACGCGGCCGUUAAUGAGAUCAAGGAGCUCACUGACAAAAUUAAGGCUGCAGAGGGCAGACAAGAGGAGCUCACUCAGCGGGGCGCGACAGAGAAGAGGGAGUUGGAACUACGGAUUGAGGAAAUGGAGGAGAAGGAGCAGGUUCUCCAGGCUCGCAUCGAGGCUCUGCAGGCAGACAAUGACUUCACCAACGAGAGGCUCGCUGCCCUGCAGGUGCGGUUAGAACAGCUACAAGAGAAAAGCAUUAAAGAGAACAACAGUCUGGAUGUCGUCACUGUCCCCCACGGACCAGUAGAGGAGCUUGUCGAGGACAGAGAUUCCACACAGCAGAUACGCGAGAGCCAGGAGGAAGACGAGGAUGAGGAGGAUACAGACACCGAUGAUGGUGCAGUUGGGGAAGAUGAAGAUGCUGAUGACAACUGUCAUGUUAACAACAGCGGAGGAGACUCGACUAGAAUCCAACAGUUGAUUGAGUGUCCGCCCGUCAAACAGCUAAAGGAGACCGUCAGUUCUUCAAUCCACAAACUGGCCAACUUUGAUGAAGUGAUGGACGCCCACUUACAGAACAACCAGACGGCGGGAGAUGACAUCCUGACCAGCCCUGAUCGACUCAAAGGGAAUCAGAUGGAUGCCAAAGAGUCAGACAUGUCCGACACUCUGAGUCCCAGCAAAGACCGCAGCAGUGAUGACACAUCAGAUGGAAACAUGAACGACCAAGAGCUGAAUGAACCUCAGAACAGAGUAGCUCUGCUCAAAGCUGAGCUGCAUCGGGCCGGUCUAGAGCCUGGAGACACGGAGCAGGUCAUCCACCAUCUCCACAGAGAGCUUCUGGAGGCCCAAGAAUUAGCCAACACCGGCAAGCAGAAAUGUCUAGAGCUACAAGCUCUGUUGGAGGAGGAGAGGAGGAGUAACUCUCAGCUGACUGAGGAGUCGACCAAACAGAUCCAGUUCUUGCAGACUCAGCUUGGGAAGCUUCAGGCUGACAUGGAGGCACUGAGGGAGCAGAGGGAGAGCACCAUCUGCAGCACCAGAGAGGAACUUUACUCUGCUCAGGAGGAGAUUCUCGUCCUGCGACAUGCUAUGGAGGCAGCCACGGCAGAGCGGGAGCGUGAGAUCACUGUCCUGCAGACAGACCUGGUCAGCGUGCGCUCUGAGCUAGAGCACUGGAGGAACACAGCCGCCAAGUACGAGGAGGAGAUCACCCGGCUGCAGGAGGCCUUCACGCAGCAGAAACAGCAGCAGACCGCUGCCAGCGAGCUGCAGGCGGAGUGCACUGCAUUGCACCAGCGGUGUACGUGUUUGCAGCAGGACUGUGAUGGGCUGAGAGCUGAGAGGAAAACGCUCACAGAAAAACUGCACCGCCUGGAGGCUGAGCUGAGCAGCUCCAGGGAGCAGAGUCUGGUCCUGAGCAGCAGUCUGGAGUCUAUGGAGAAGAGGGAGGAGGUUUUGCAGGACAAACUGGGUUCUCUGGAGAAUCAGCACCUGCAGGACGCGAGCAGGCUAAAGAGCCAGCUGGACCAGGCCCAGGCCCGCACACAUACACUGCAGAAAGAGUAUGAAGACACACAGUCCCAGCUGUCUGAUCUCCGUCAGCGUUAUGAGAGAACAGAGCAGGAGAAGCUGAACAUCCACCAGGAGCUGGAGCAGUGCAAGAGCAACCUCAAGCUGCUGCAGGACAAGUCCAGCUCUCCAUCCAUAUUGCAGCCUGUCCAAGCCAUAUUCAUGGGCCUUGUCCUGGCUCUGCUGUACUGGUGUUUCGGCCAGUUGUGGUAGAAAGAGCGGCUGGAGCCCGUGGAUGCCGGUCGUCGCAGUGAUGGUCGCCGUGACGGCCGCCGUCCUCUACCCCAACCUCUCCAAGAGCAGCUCCACCUAGGACACAAAACACAAGCGAACACACACGGAGCACCGUGAGGAGAGCGUCACUGCUUUACUUGUAUAAAGUCUAAUUGUACAUAAUUGUAGAGGGAUAUAAAGGUUGUGGUUUCUACAGAGGACUCAGAAGCUUCUUGGUUUAUUUUGUUUUGGUUUUUUUGUUUUGUUGUUGUUGUUGUUUUUCCUGCGGCGGGGAGUUUUGUUUUUAUUCUCCGCUCUCUCAGCUCUGGUGGGGGCUCCUUUUUUUUUUUUUUUUUUUUUUCUCCCCUUUCCCCCUUUUUUCCGUCUCUCUGCUGAUUUCCAGGUAACAAAACAUUCUCCAGCAGGUGGAGCUUCCACAUACACACAAAAACCUGCUUAAUGCUAACACGGCGCUUUCCAGCAGCUUCGAACGUCACUGACAGGUCUGAAUCUGUCCGUUUCAACUUUACCUCUGAGGACAGAGUUGCUGAAGAAGAGAUGGCUUCUCUUUUACGCAGCUCCACAUUCAGCUUAAAUUUACUCGCUAAAUUCUUCAAACCAGCUCGUUGUGUUAGAGCAGAUCUAGAGGAGGAGCCACUUUUUCUUGAUCCCAGUUUACAGACAUAAUUAGGUGUAAUUCACCCAGGGGAUGUACCCAUCCUCGAUUAAUACCAAUAAAUACUUUUUGUGUCCUGAAGGAGAUUAAAAAUAGCCACACAUUUCAUUUUAGUUUUCUCUGAUAAAAUGUCCAAAACAGAUGAAACAACAUUUCAAGGCUUUGGGACAGGGCACUUCCUUGAUAGCAGCUGUUUCCAAACAGUAACUAAAGGUUAGAAGUGUAGUUAAACCACAGCGGAGGUUUAUGUUAGGGCAAGGUUGUGGUAGUUGAAUGGGAGCUGCAGUAAAGUGGCCCACAGUGCUGCGACAUCCCUCAGGUCCAUCGAUUGCUACAGUUACUACAAUUAAAAUUAUAAAAACAGAAACAGUUAUUUAUUUUGCUGUUUCCAGCUUUUCUAUCAAGGAUAUGUUGACAAUUUGUCCAGAAGAAACAUGUUUACACCACUAAAAUGAACAGUGUUGUACUCCGUACUGUGAAACAGAUCAUGAGAGUUUGGUGCGUUCACUGGUUUCCUGCUAACAUCUGUUUCACUAGAGUUGGAGUAAUUCGAUUACUUUGAGCUUUAAGAUCUGUUUUUGGUCAGAUAGAUGUUCAUUCAGUGACUUCAGGUGUUCCGCCUUAAAUGUGAGUUCAGGUGACCGUGCAUCACAUCGGGCUUGAGCAGGUCUGAGUUUAUAGACUCGGCGUGAUCCUGGCUCUAAGAGCACAAACGAAGCACAAACGGUGACAAAGCGCACCACAUCGUCGUGAUUAACCCAAGGCUGCUGGGAAGCUCUCGCGCUGAAGCAAUUUCAGGAAGCUCUGCCCUGUUCUGCUUUCAGUUGGCCAUGUUGGAUGUCUAACUUGGCCUUUUCUCUGGGGUUAUUAUUUUAAUUUGUUUCUUUGUUUCUGUUUGGGGGAAUUUUGGGGUCUGGGUUGAAACUUGAAGCCAAAUUAUUGAAAUAAAAUCUGAUUUAGUUUAUGUUGGAUUUACUUUUUUUUUUUUCUCCAUGUUGGGGGCACAGAGAAAAGGGGUCAAAGUGCCUCUGAUGUAACUAACACCACAGUUUGUGUAUGUGUGCAGACACGCACACACACUCUUCACCUGAUAUACACACACACACACACACACACACACUCUUGGUUGGACAGUCAGAGGUUGCUUUUUCCAGGGCUUUCAGCUUAAUCUCGGCUCAAAUGUCUGAGAAUUUCCCAGAAUUCAGAUUAACCGACUAUACAACACCCAAAGAGCAAAAUUUUAAAGGAGGAACAAGAAAAUUUGCCAUGUUUUCAGAGUUUAACGGGCCAAAUAUCAAAAUCUAUUCAUUUUUUUUUAUUGACACACAAGACGUCAAGCCUCUACUGAAACAUUUUGAGAGACAUUGAAUCAUUUCAAAGUGUGUGUGUGUGUUGGUAGACAGGGGUGUGUGUGUGUGUGUGGGUUCACAGUCUGGACUCUUGAGCAGCGUUCGUCAUCGUUCGUGUACUCCGUCUCGUCUCCGUGUUUAAAAAGAACUAAAAUAAGACAAUGAACAAAUACUCCUGAUGUGUAAAGAGAAAAAACACUACAGAACAGAGAGAGAAUUGUAAGAUAAAAUGUUAUCGACUGAUGUGCUACUAGACUUAUUUUGUUAAAACUGUUUAGAGAUAUGAGAGGGAGCUAUGUAGAGGAUAUGAUGAGGAUGUAUUGAAUAUGCAGAGCGAUGUUUGGAUUAAAGUUGUAGCAAGCUGACCCACCAAA